CCAGAUUUUAGUAAAAUAUAUUCUGUGCUGGGAAUAUGAUGUCCAGUCUGUGAUUUGCUCUGUAACAGUAAAGUGGUCAUAGAAAAGCUGAAAUAAUUCAAAUAAGUAUAUUCAGACAUACAUACAUAUGUAUGUAAAAAGCAACAAAGCGAAAAUGUCAAUGAAACAGUGUGCUGCCGUGUUAUCAGCGUUUUAUAUUUUAUAUUUAUUACGUGCAACAAUAGCGUUUCAAGUCCAAUCCUCGUCACAGCCAACGGCAGAUCAACGCUUAAAGGUUGGUGUUUACUAUGAGACGCUUUGUCCCGAUAGCAGAGCAUUCAUACGAAAUUCACUUUACGACGCGAUGAUUAUCAACGACUGGCUAAAAUACACGGAGCUUCAACUAGUACCAUAUGGGAAAGUUACGGCAUGGACAGACCCAACUACGAAUAUAACAACACUAUAUUGCCAACAUGGACGCAGCGAAUGUGAAUUAAAUGCACUACAUGCCUGCAUUGUGGAGCACAAUGAUGUGAAUGACCAGAUGAAAUUGAUAAGAUGUCUAUUGACGGGUCAUGCAACAAGUCUGGAUGAGUGUGCUAAAAAUUUGGUUAUUGAUGUGAGCGCGGUGAAGCAAUGUAAAUCUACGCGUAGCACUCCAGAUAUAUUAAAAAAGUAUGGGGAAAUGACGGACGCGCUGGACAUAUCUUUCGUGCCAUCAGUAACAUUCGAUGAUAAAUUUGACCGUUGGCGCCAACGUUACUUCAUAUACAACUUCCCGGUAAUAUUUUGCCGCGAGUACAACAACAAAUUUAAUAUUACCUUACCGCAGUGUUAAUAAAAAGGAAUUUUAUAUUCGAAUAUGGAUGAAAUAUAAUAUAAUAAAGAAAUCCUAAAUCGAA